CACAUUUUCAGGGAAGCUACCGCAGAGCCAACCUGCACCAAACUCGCGUCUUCUUCGGUUACGUGUUUUGUGAUGUGUCCCUGGAUAACCAGAAUGGUGCAGAGUCAUGGGAAAUUGUAUGGAACCGAAGAAACAACACCGAAUUGAAAGGUAUCAGAAUAAACAUCGAAGAAUGAGAUCCAACCAAAUUAUGAUUCUGCUCUGGGCCGUUUUUCAAGCUAUCGUUUCCAGAGGUCAACUGAUCGAUCCAGAACCAGAGUUCCUAGCACCUCUGGAGAACCACACCGUAACCCAGGGUCGAGAUGUCUUCUUCACCUGUGUUGUCAAUCAUCUUUCAUCCUUCAAGGUGGCGUGGAUAAAGUCAGACACCAAAGCCAUACUAGCCAUCCAUACUCACAUGGUGGCACAGAAUCCAAGAUUAUCUGUUACGCACAAUGGUCAUAAUACGUGGAAACUUCAUGUUUCCAACGUUAAGAAAAACGAUUCCGGAACAUACAUGUGCCAGAUCAAUACUGAUCCUAUGCGGAGCCAGAUGGGCCAUCUGGAGGUUGUCAUUCCUCCUGACAUUUUGAACGACAACGAAUCAAUGGAAGGUGGCAGCGUUGCCAUAGAAGGGGGUACCAUUAAGUUGAGAUGUUCCGCCACUGGUGUCCCCGAACCAGCAGUACUUUGGAGAAGAGAAGACAGCCGAAGUAUCGUUCUACGACAUGAAAAUGGCAGAGAAAAGCAACAGGUGCUGCGAUCAUUCGAUGGUGAAGUCUUGACAUUAACAAAUGUACAGAGAACAGAUAUGGGAGCGUAUUUGUGUAUAGCAAGCAAUGGUAUUCCCCCAUCAGUCAGCAAGCGGUUCACUGUUCGUGUACACUUUCAUCCUUUGAUAAGAGUGUCCAACCAGCUUGUUGCAGCACCAGUGACCAGCGAUGUCCUAAUUCAAUGUUAUGUCGAGGCCUCUCCAAAAGCCAUGAACCACUGGAUGCGGGACAACGGAGAAAAGUUACUUCCCAAUGACAAAUAUGAAAUGAGUGAAACUUAUUUAAAUGAAUAUUCCCUACUUAUGAAUCUGACAAUAAAGUAUCUAGAGAAGAGAGAUUUUGGGGGAUACAUAUGUACCUCUUCCAAUGCUCUUGGUAAAGCUGAUGGUGUUGUACGAUUACAGGAAUUACAUUUGGCCGUGAAGACCACAAGUACUACCACACAAAGGUACAUUGAAACAAAACCAAGAAAGACACCUCAUAAAGAAAAGCCGAAGAAGUACAAAGCUCCAAGACGGAAAGAGACUGAUCAAAUCGAAGAACAACCAGAAUCUACAACAGUUCUAACAACUGAAAUUAGAACUAUUUCUCCAGACGAAUCUCUUACAACUGUCAGCAGAUCCCCAGCUUGGAUACAUUUACUGAAUAAUGGAUCUGGAAUACCUUCACCGACCAAAUACUGUUGCAUUUUUGUUAUUUUUGUAUUUAUAAAGUGUUACAGGUCUAUAUGUGUAUAGGCUAAGAUGAAAUUGAAUAUUCAUUGAAAAUUAUUUGUUGAAUUUAUGUUUGGUAGAGAAUCGGUAUUAUUCGAAGUCUUCCUUGCAUUCGAAAACCUGGAUAACCGGGUUCAUAUCAUCAUGUCUUCCCAUCAUCAUCAUCAAGAGAAAUUCGGAAAUCGAAUCCAUAAAAAUUAGCUAAUGAAGAACCAAAAUUUUUUUUCAUCGAUAGGGUGCCACUUUUUUUGAUAGGGAAAUGACGAUACCUAGUCAUUUUGGUACGUUUUUUCAUCGUGGACAAUAUAGGAUACGUCAAAAGGUUCUGUUAUGUUUCUAGAAGCACACCAAAAAUUUUUUCGUCAUAUCAAUGUAUUUCAUCUUUGAAACUGUUGACGUUCCUAAAUAUAUAACAAACUUCUUCCUUCCCAAUAUCAUAUAUAUGGAUGAUCUCGUCUGGUGUUAACUGCAAUCAUAUCAUCUUAACUUUAUGAAUAUCCCUCAUCCCCAUUCAAAAAAAGCAUAUAAAUAUUUUUUCAAUAUUGGAAUUAAAUAAAAAAAAAUCACGAAAUAUUUUUGAUCGAAUAAAUUGAUAAGUUGACAAUAUAGUUGAAAUAGCAGUGAAUUCCUAAGAUGACAAUAGCUUAUUUGUAUAAUAUUAAUAUUCUAAUAAAUGUGAAACUAAUAUUGUGAUUACUCUUUCUGACAAGGAAUUGGAAUUUUGUAUGAUUGAUCAUGCCGACAAUAACUUUAGAGAAUGACGUAAACACUGGUUUUAUGCUAGAUGACAAUAUUAGAUCGUGUUGAGUUAUAAUUUAUACAAUGAAAAAAAAUCAAUCCGAUGAACGUGACAAUAACCAAGAGUGCAUUUUAGGACCUGAAAGAAAGUAGGAUUUUAAUGACUUUCAGAUGAUUCCAAGAAACAAAUAGGAAAUGCAUUUAAAUUUGAUAUUACGCUGGAAAGAGAGAAUGUUAAAUCCUACUCACUUUCUCUCAAUUUUGAAAUAAACGAAGAAUAAACCUCACACUGGAGAACCUCAGGAAAAAAUAUUUUCUGCUGUAAUAUUAUUUGUCAAAUCGUUGUGGAUGAGCUUGUUAUUGUUUGAGGAAAAAAUUCCAAUGAAAGACGAAUAGAGGUGCUCUAAACGAAAUAGUCGAAUGGUUCAACUAAAUGUGAAUGUCAUUCGAUGAAACACAUCAUGAAUUUAUAUAUGAAAACAUAAAAUAUUCGUAUGAAAAUAUAACAAUCAUUAUAAUUGUUUUUAGAGUAGAUGAAUCAUGUAUCAAAUAAAGAAAUGUUACAUUUGUUACCAAGUUUUCAAUCGAUGUGUACAUGAUGAAAAUGUUGACAGAACAGUUGAUCGCUAUUUAUUGCAGUUAUCAAAGGCCGUAUUAUGAAUUGAAUUAUCAUACAGGGUAUUUAUAGAAAUACAGUGGUGACUGCUGCAAUAUUUCGUUCGAAAAUCUAUCGCACAGAUGUACAGGGUGAUCUUAAACAUUCAGGAAUUUGUUUUAUCCCAAAUCCAAUAAAAGCAAACAUAUAUUUCACGAUGUAGUUGCAUAUAAUAAAAUAGACUGGAAAAUUUGGAUUUCACUACUCCGAAAUUUCAUAAAUGACAAUAAGUAGAUAUUGAACAGUUUACAUCAGCCACAAGGGACUACAAAUUCGAAUGAGCAGAAUAGAAGAAUGCUGACAUUUUCAUCGAUGUGUCUUGUGUAAAAAAAAAUACAAAUGUACUAUGACAAUAAUAUUAUUCAAUAAAUAAUUUAUACGAA